UUUGAACUCCUGACCUUGUGAUCCAGCCACCUUGCCUUUCAAAGUGCUGGGAUUACAGAUGUGAGCCACAGCGCCCAGCCCUUGAUUUUUUUUUUAAAUGAACUUCAGCCAAGGAGAGAUCACAUCAGAUUGACUACAGAAGUACCUUUGAGAAUCCAGUUGUCUUCUAUGAAGUUAAAUAUGUAAAAAUUAAGAUAUGUUCAAUAUGUAAAAAUUAACAGAGCCAUUCUUCCCACUAAAUUUUGUCUUGUUUUUGAGAAGUUAUUUUAUUAAAAUGUUAGUAUGUUAACAUGUAAUGGCUUUAUUAUUGUUUAAAUGAUUCUGAAUGAAUAUUUUGAAGUUUUCCGUUUUAAUCCUGAUGUGGUAACUUGUAUAAACAAAGCCCCUGUGAGAUAUUCAGGAAUUUUUAAGAAUGUGGAAAAUCCCAAGUGUCAUUUUUUUUCUAACUAUUGUCCAUAUUAACACUUUGUUUUGGCUAAAAUGAUAAUUAUAAACUAUAAUAUGAUUUAUUAAUCCAUUUAUUAAUACAAUUACAUGUGAGGUGGCAUAAAUUUUGUAUUAUUAAAAAGGAGAAAUUUUUCAAAUAGAAACACCUUUGGAUUUUUUCUGAAAUUAAUUAAAGGUCUAGAUUUAACUGAGCAUAGUUUUGAAAGUAUCUUCUCUAUGGUAUAGAUACUCUCACACAUCUAUCCACAAGUAUUCUUAGAGUAUGCACUCUUUGUACUAACAUUGCAGAAAGGCUUUAGUUGAAAAUGGAUUGCUGCAUUCCUCUUGGUAUUUUUACUUAAAACUAAAUGUGUAUAUUACUUUCCAAAUCUGUUAUGCUGUGACCCUGUGUAGGUUGUAGUUAUUAGCUUUGAAGAUUAGGUAACUUAGAACACAGUGAUUGGCUGCGCCGUAAAAGUAACUUAGAAGAGUUCAUCUCUGCAAAGCACAGUGACCUAAAUCAGAUAUGUGCUCACUGUCCCUGGAAUCUUCAAGGGACUUACUGCAUUACAUCAUCAAAAACAAGGCAUUUCUGUAUUACUAUGGAAAGAUUUCGCCUGGAGAAGAAGUUACCUGGUCCUGAUGAAGAAGCUGUUGUGGAUCUUGGCAAAACUAGCUCAACUGUGAACACCAAGUUUGAAAAAGAAGAACUAGAAAGUCAUAGAGCUGUAUAUAUUGGUGUUCACGUCCCGUUUAGUAAAGAGAGUCGUCGGCGUCAUAGGCAUCGUGGACACAAACAUCACCACCGGAGAAGAAAAGAUAAAGAAUCAGAUAAAGAAGAUGGACGGGAAUCUCCUUCUUAUGAUACACCAUCCCAGAGAGUUCAGUUUAUCCUUGGUACUGAAGAUGAUGAUGAAGAACAUAUUCCCCAUGAUCUCUUCACGGAAAUGGAUGAACUGUGUUACCGAGAUGGAGAGGAAUAUGAAUGGAAAGAAACUGCCAGAUGGCUGAAAUUUGAAGAGGAUGUUGAAGAUGGCGGUGACCGAUGGAGUAAACCUUAUGUGGCAACACUCUCUUUGCACAGUCUUUUUGAACUAAGGAGUUGCAUCCUCAAUGGAACAGUCAUGCUGGACAUGAGAGCAAGCACCCUAGAUGAAAUAGCAGAUAUGGUAUUAGACAACAUGAUAGCCUCUGGCCAAUUGGACGAGUCCAUACGAGAGAAUGUCAGAGAAGCUCUUCUGAAGAGACAUCAUCAUCAGAAUGAGAAAAGAUUCACCAGUCGGAUUCCCCUUGUUCGAUCUUUUGCAGAUAUAGGCAAGAAACAUUCUGACCCUCACUUGCUUGAAAGGAAUGGGGAAGGCCUUUCAGCCUCCCGCCACUCUUUGCGAACAGGUCUGUCUGCCUCAAACCUUUCACUGAGAGGAGAAUCGCCUUUAUCUCUUCUUCUCGGUCAUCUUCUUCCUUCUUCAAGAGCUGGAACCCCUGCAGGCUCAAGGUGUACAACCCCAGUACCCACCCCUCAAAACAGUCCUCCUUCUAGCCCUAGCAUCAGCCGCCUGACCUCCAGAAGUUCCCAACACAGUCAGCUUCAGGCCCCAGAACUACUGGUUUCACCUGCCAGUGAUGAUAUUCCCACAGUAGUAAUCCAUCCGCCUGAGGAAGACUUAGAAGCGCUGAAAGGCCAGGAACAGAAGAAUGAGGAAAAUGUUGACUUAACUCCAGGUAUUUUGGCCUCUCCCCAGUCUGCCCCUGGAAACUUGGACAAUAGUAAAAGUGGAGAAAUUAAAGGUAAUGGAAGUGGUGGAAGCAGAGAAAAUAGCACUGUUGACUUCAGCAAGGUUGACAUGAAUUUUAUGAGAAAAAUUCCUUCGGGUGCUGAGGCAUCCAAUGUCCUGGUGGGCGAAGUAGACUUUUUGGAAAGGCCUAUAAUUGCAUUUGUGAGACUGGCUCCUGCUGUCCUCCUCACAGGAUUGACUGAGGUCCCUGUUCCAACCAGGUUUUUGUUUUUGUUAUUGGGUCCAGCAGGCAAGGCGCCACAGUACCAUGAAAUUGGAAGAUCGAUAGCCACUCUCAUGACAGACGAGAUUUUUCAUGAUGUGGCUUAUAAAGCAAAAGACAGAAAUGACCUCUUAUCUGGAAUUGAUGAAUUUUUAGAUCAAGUAACUGUCCUACCUCCAGGAGAGUGGGAUCCUUCUAUACGCAUAGAGCCACCAAAAAGUGUCCCUUCUCAGGAAAAGAGAAAGAUUCCUGUGUUUCACAAUGGAUCUGCCCCCACAUCGGGUGAGACUCCUAAAGAGGCCGCUCAUCAUGCUGGGCCUGAGCUACAGAGGACUGGACGGCUUUUUGGUGGUUUGAUACUUGACAUCAAAAGGAAAGCACCUUUUUUCUUGAGUGACUUCAAGGAUGCAUUAAGCCUGCAGUGCCUGGCCUCGAUUCUUUUCCUAUACUGUGCCUGUAUGUCUCCUGUAAUCACUUUUGGAGGGCUGCUUGGAGAAGCUACAGAAGGCAGAAUAAGUGCAAUAGAGUCUCUUUUUGGAGCAUCAUUAACUGGGAUUGCCUAUUCAUUGUUUGCUGGGCAACCUCUAACAAUAUUGGGGAGCACAGGUCCAGUUCUAGUGUUUGAAAAAAUUUUAUAUAAAUUCUGCAGAGAUUAUCAGCUUUCCUAUCUGUCUUUAAGAACCAGUAUUGGUCUGUGGACUUCUUUUCUGUGCAUUGUUUUGGUUGCAACAGAUGCAAGCAGCCUUGUGUGUUAUAUUACUCGAUUUACAGAAGAGGCUUUUGCAGCUCUUAUUUGCAUUAUAUUCAUCUACGAGGCUUUGGAGAAGCUCUUUGAUUUAGGAGAAACGUAUGCAUUUAAUAUGCACAACAACUUAGAUGAACUGACCAGCUACUCAUGUGUAUGUACUGAACCUCCUAACCCCAGCAACGAAACUCUAGCGCAAUGGAAGAAAGAGAAUAUAACAGCACAUAAUAUUCCCUGGAGAAAUCUCACUGUUUCUGAAUGUAAAAAAUUUCAUGGUGUAUUCAUAGGAUCAGCUUGUGGUCAUCAUGGACCUUAUAUUCCAGAUGUGCUCUUUUGGUGUGUCAUCUUGUUUUUCACAACAUUUUUUCUGUCUUCAUUCCUCAAGCAAUUUAAGACCAAGCGUUACUUUCCUACCAAGGUGCGAUCGACAAUCAGUGAUUUUGCUGUAUUUCUCACAAUAGUAAUAAUGGUUAUAAUUGACUACCUUGUAGGAGUUCCAUCUCCUAAACUUCAUGUUCCUGAAAAAUUUGAGCCUACUCAUCCAGACAGAGGGUGGAUCAUAAACCCACUGGGAGAUAAUCCUUGGUGGACCUUAUUAAUAGCUGCUAUUCCUGCUCUGCUUUGUACUAUUCUCAUCUUUAUGGAUCAACAAAUCACAGCUGUAAUUAUAAACAGAAAGGAGCACAAAUUAAAGAAAGGAGCUGGCUAUCACCUUGAUUUGCUCAUGGUUGGUGUUAUGUUGGGAGUUUGUUCUGUCAUGGGACUUCCAUGGUUUGUGGCUGCAACAGUGUUGUCAAUAAGUCAUGUCAACAGCCUAAAAGUCGAGUCUGAAUGUUCUGCUCCAGGGGAACAACCCAAGUUUUUGGGAAUUCGUGAACAGCGAGUUACAGGAUUAGUGAUUUUUAUUCUAAUGGGCCUCUCCGUGUUCAUGACUUCAGUCCUAAAGUUUAUUCCAAUGCCUGUUCUGUAUGGUGUUUUCCUUUAUAUGGGAGUUUCCUCAUUAAAAGGAAUCCAGUUUUUUGACCGUAUAAAAUUAUUUGGAAUGCCUGCUAAGCAUCAGCCUGAUUUGAUAUACCUCCGUUAUGUGCCUCUCUGGAAGGUCCAUAUUUUCACAGUCAUUCAGCUUACUUGUUUGGUCCUUUUAUGGGUGAUAAAAGUUUCAGCUGCUGCAGUGGUUUUUCCCAUGAUGGUUCUUGCGUUAGUGUUUGUACGCAAGCUCAUGGACCUGUGUUUCACGAAGAGAGAACUUAGUUGGCUUGAUGAUCUCAUGCCAGAAAGUAAGAAAAAGAAAGAGGAUGACAAAAAGAAAAAAGAGAAAGAGGAAGCUGAGCGGAUGCUUCAAGAUGAUGAUGAUACUGUGCACCUUCCAUUUGAAGGGGGAAGUCUCUUGCAAAUUCCAGUCAAAGCCCUAAAAUAUAGUCCUGAUAAACCAGUGAGUGUGAAAAUAAGUUUUGAAGAUGAACCAAGAAAGAAAUACGUGGAUGCUGAAACUUCAUUAUAGAAUUGAACCAAGAGGCAUUAUACAUAUAGAUAUAUACUUAUGUAAUGUGUGUUUAUCAUGUCACUAUAUAAAACAAUAUUGUAUGUCAUGCUGUUUAUGCAUGACUACUGGGUUUUUAAAAGUAGUGUCUGGAGUUUGUUAUGAGCACCGUGGAGACUAUGUAUAUAAUGAAUUGCUGUCUUUGAAGUGAGGUACACAGUUCUUAACUAUUCAAAUAUUUAUUCUGUUGGAAAAAAAAUUUUUCUGUUUUGCAAUAGAAGGAUGUGGAGAAAUGCUUUCAGUCUGCUUUUCUUAAACCUCUUGUUCAUCAAUGGCAAUUCAUAACAAACCUUAAGUGAUACUUUGUUUAUAUGUUUAUAAUUUUUAUGUGUUUCUAGAAAUUUUCAGAUAUUAUUUCACUUUUGUUCUUUAUGGGAAGAAUAGGGAGUCUAUACCAGUGCUAUGGGAAAAGUGGUAACAUUUCAGGGCUUCUCUGUGUGUUUCAUUUCCAUAGAUGUCAUCAUGUUUCACUAACUGGCAUUUCCUUAGCCAUAGAGAUGAAUGUAGAACAAUGGAAACUUUAAUAAUGAUAGUUUUUAACUUUUAUGUUUAAUUUUUUUAAAUCUUAAAACCUUCAUAUCUAGGUAUCCAUUGUGACAGACAAGUAAAAUUGCAGGUGAUUUGAUAAUUAAGCACCCGUACCAUUUGUAACUUCAUGAAUUUAAAAAGUUAUGCAAUGCCAAUUUGCAGUAGAUUUUGAUGCCUUUGUAGAUUUUUUUUUUCUGUACCCCUAUACUCUUUUAAAGCCUGUAAUUCCCACUCUGUUCUCUGCCUUGUCUCUCUUUGUCUUAAAAUGGUUAGUUUCCAUCAGGUUCAAGUUCUUGAUUGACUGAUUUUCUCUUUUAAGUAGUAUGCUUAAAUAAUCAGGAGUCAGAAUUCUCUCAGAUGGGUCUAUGAUCAGUAUUACUUUAUCAAGAAUUACCUUUCAUUUUCUCUUUAUGUUGUUAUUUUUUCACUUUUGUAGAUUAUAUUUAAUAGCUUAUUACCUGUGAUUUUAUUUUAAAAUAUUUAUUUUAAGUGAUGAUGCUUAAAUAUUAUACAAACAUUUGGAAAAGUAACAAAUAGAGUAAAUUGUUAAUGUAAAUAGUUGGUGCUCACUUGCAUUUAUCUUUAUUAUCUUAAAGCAACUGAUAGAUUUUACAUCUUUGAUAUAAAGCACUGCCAUAUUUAUAUUUUAAAAAGGAAAUUAGGCAUAAUUUUAUAUGUAGCUCAGAUUGAUGGCAUUCUUAUUUUAUGUAUUUGUUUUUGCUUUUCUGAGCUUUUUAAAGUCUAACAAAUCUUUUUAGUCAUCUUUUAUAUACUCUUAGCUCCACGUGAAAUAGAAAAAAGUUGUUAAGCCUGUAGGACUGGAUGAAUGGGGUUGUGAAACUGAUUUGACAAGAGAAGAAUUUACAGAAAUCAAAUGAGUAUUGAGAAGCCACAGAAAUAUCAAAAAUGGUGACAUGAAUAUUAGGGCGAAAAUUUUAAUGAAAUUCCAAUGCUCCCUUUAACCAUAUAAUUAAAUUACAAAAGUCUAAUAAAGGAUCAUGAGGAAUGCCAAAAGCUGAUAUUUUAGCAAGUCUGGUGUUUGAAAUUCAUUAUAAACUAUUUAUUAACUAAUGUAAUGUCCUCUUCCAAGACCAUGUUGUGAGAAUCUAGUUAAAAUGAUGGAUUCAACUUCUGCCUCAGAUGAGAGGUUGGAAAUAUAGCUGCUUUUCUUUAGAAAAUAUAUAGCUGUCAUCAUUUGGUACUGCCUAAAAAGAGUUAGACUCUGUUGGCAAUUGAUAGAAUAUUAUCCACGGUGCUUAUUAUUGUUUAUGAGCUUCCAUUGUAAUGAUUCCUUUUUAUUCGUAGCAGCAUAAUUAUUUCCAAAGACCCCAGUAUUUGCUGCUAUUUUUAAAACUCCCCUGAUAUAUCUGAACGAGAGGAUUUCCUCACGUCAUUUCCUUGUGUCUGGACAUCAGGGGUAACAACUGUACUUAUUUUACAGGAAGAAAUUUUAAAAAUGAAAACUACCUGGGAUCAUAGUGUUUCUGUGAUUUUAUUUAAUUAUGUAUAGUAAUUAUCCAGUGCCAGAAAACCCGUCACUUGCAAAAUAUUUUGCACUCAAAAUGUUUUUACAAUGCUUCUAAUUGUUAGUGGUUUCUGCUUUCUUUUGACUACUUGACUUACAAAAUGAUCUGACUACUCCAUGUAAGAGCAAAGGUAACUCAUGUUUAAGUAAUUAACUGCUUGUUUUAAGUGAUUAUGAUAUUUCUUCCACCGUUUUUGAAAAAUAACAAUCAUAGCAUUCAUUGUGAGACAGUGAGAUAUAAUUUACUACAUAUAUUGAUUUUUAAAUAAAGUUGCCUUAAAUAACUGUAUAUAAGCAGUAGUAGUUGCUAUGUACUGAUUUACCUCAAGGUGCAAAAUAAUUAAACCUGUACAUAUUCCAUUUACGAAAUGAAUUCAGAUAACAGCCCUGCACUUUCUUUAGAUGCCUUGAUUUCCAGGAUGGAGCUUAGUGCUACUGAAUACCCUGGCCACCGAGCCACCUCAGGAUAUUCUUUUCUUUGCCCUAGUUUAUUUAUUUAUAGAUAUCUGUUUACAAAGUCUGUAGUAAAUCCUGAUGCUGAUCAUCUGAAAUUUACUUUUUUUCUGAAUGCUGUUUCAAUCUAAAAUAGCAGCUUUUGAGAAAACAAUGAACUAAAUUCCUUAUGAUAAAAGGAUAAUUCUAUAUAUUCUUUAAUAAUAUUACAUAUGCCGAAGCGAAGCACACAGUCUUUGUGUGCGUGUGUGUGUGUGUGUGUGUUUGUGUGAAUGUGAAUGAUAUCGAUCUUAAAUCUGUUAAAAGUUGUUUUAAAAAGCUGUGGCAUACCAUUGUUCAUAUUUGCCAAGUCUUCUGUAAAGAUGUUUAAGACAAAAUAUUUUAUGUGCUAAUGCAUCUACUUGUAAAGCAGAUUUGUUUAUCACUCAAAAUUAACUUUUCUUCAUCCAAAAAAAGUUGAUUUCUUCCACAUACUUAAAUUUUCUGUGUGAGUAUAAUAGCUUUCUAAUUUUUUUUCUUUCACAAAAGCAGGUUCAAAAUUCUGUUGAAAGAAAAAUGCUUUCUCAAACUGAGGUAUAACACCAGAGCUUGCUGUUUAAAGGAUUAUGUGAUGUACAUCAGUUCUGUAAAUGUGCUCAGCAGUUUAACAUGUGAAUCCUGUUUUAAAGUGCUCAGAUUUCAAAUGUGUAAGCCAUUGAUAAAACAUUGUAAUUAAAAAUGUUUAUAUGAAAUAACUUAAUGUUUUAAAUGUAUUUAUGUAGAUCACAUCAUUUUUAUCAUAUGCAAUGCAAAUAUGUGAAAAUAUUUUGGUUUAUUCCAACAAUUAUUUAUUUUAGAAAAUAAAUUUAAAGACUUUAAGGACAUUCAAAGUUUAAAAUAGUGUUCAAAUUGCAAAAUUUGGCAAUCUUAAUAUAAAUUGAUCUCUUUUCUAGUUUUUCAAAAAGUAACAUUAAGUGUUGAUUAUAGGAAAACAUAGUUGGGAAUGUAAUAAUCCAAAGAUCAUUUUUAAAAUGAAAUUUAAUUAGCAUAUAUUGACUUCAACAUUUGACUUAGAGUAAUUGUUAAACCUCAGUUUUGUUUUUUAAAUCAGAUUUUUGCACACUGAUUAAUUUUUGUGUUAUGGCUUUUCUUUUGUUGAAUUAUUCAAGGUUUUUUUUUUUUUUUUUUUUUUGCUUUGGGGGAGAUUGUCUUCCAGUGUUUACUGUGUUUAAAUAAAUAAAAAUUGAAUUUUAUUGUUCAUUUAUAUAAAAUUUGAUACCUUGAUGUAAUUUCACAGUACAGUUCCACUUUUUAUGGCUUUUAUAAUUACAAUGAUAUUUUCUUCUAUAAUAAAAUCCAAAGUAAAUUAAACGUUUAAAUUGUAGAACUGAUAUUUUUCAUUUAUAUGAAGUACAAGCCUCUACCAGGUCUAUAAUGUGAAUGAUCCUGCCUUUCAAAUUUGUUUCAUAAUUGUUAGAUGAAAACUAUUUUCUUUUUGGAGAUGUUACUGAAGUUGAUUGAGCAAUAAAAAUCUACUGAAUUAG